AUGGAGCUAGGCUUCUUCACCUGCCUCCCUAUAGUCAUCAUCGCUGCAAUAGAGCUUGAUGCGCUACAAAUCAUAGCCAAUGCAGGCGAUGGCCUUCAAGUUUCCCCUGCUCAGAUUGUGUCCCAAAUUCCAAAUGUAACAAACCCUGAUGCAACAAUUACUCUAGAUAGGAUUCUGAGAGUUCUAGCAAGUCAUUCCCUCCUCAACUAUUCUGUAAGCACAUACAAGAAUGGAAAGCCUGAGAGGCUCUAUGGUUUGACUCCUCUCUGCAAAUAUCUUGUGCAGAACAAGGAUGGCCUGUCCUUGGCACCACUGGCCUUGAUGAACCAGGACAAGGUGUUCAUAGACACUUGGCAUUAUCUUAAGGAUGCUAUUGUUGAAGGGAUCCAACCAUUCACCAAGGCACAUGGGGUGAAUGCAUUUGAGUACCCUACCAAAGAGCAUACAGAGGAGGAGUUCAAAGACCUUGGAAAAGCAAUAGGAUUUGCAAGAGGUGUGAAGCCAAUUUGUUGUGUUAAUGGAGCCUGGGUUAAUGAGUUCCAGAAAUGA